GCGAGUUCUUAAAAACACAAAAUUUAUCAAAGCGAACAGAGUUUUCAAUGUAAGGAAUGUGCAGGUAUGCUUCAUGGGCGGUGUCAACAUGUAGUAAAGACACGCCAUGCAAAGAAAACGCGCACAAAUCGAGAUGUGGACAUGCACUGGCUCGAGAGCUAAAAGGCCGAGCGUUCAACUUGGAAAAAUUGACAAUCGGAAGAGCGUGCAUGCUGAGUUGCUGGGACCCGCAAUUGCUGGAAUCGCGUUUCCAAAUUUGUUGGCACAUGAACAUCCAAAUAUCGGCGACUUGCAAUCUGCCAUGGCUCUGCUGCCGAAACAUUUUUGUAGUUGUGUUAUGACGCUUCAGGGUGAUGAAAUAUUUUGCACAGCAAAGCACACCAAGGGCAACCAAGACAUAGUUUGCGCGAUUCUAAAUGUGUUUGAUGGUUGCGCAGAGGUCAAAACUCACUCGCAACUCUUGAUGACAAACAUGUGGUUGAGUAUUUUAAGACCAUCCUUCUGCAUUACAGGUCAGUACCAUUGUGCUAUAUACAAACAUCAAUGUUCUUGGAGUGAUUGGUGCAUGAUGCGUUUGGCAAUUGCGCUGCUUCUUUCAAGCCUCAAACUUGGAAGACUCCGAACCAGAGAAACGGCCUGAAUCCGAGGCUGUCAUCAUGCAGUCAAUGCCCAUGAUGCCGCCGACAAGUGCAAAUAGAGCACCGCCUCAGUUCCAAAGUAUGCCUGCUCAAGUUGGCGGGCUGCAGGGCGGAGCACCACCGAUGACCAACUUCGGAUCAAUGGGCAACGUCCCCAGAACUUCUGUCCCUGGGACUGGAAUGCCUGGAGGAGUGCCAAUGAGCGGUCCACCGAUGUCAGCUGCUUCCAUUCAGGGAGGCUUUCAGCCAGGUCCUAUGAACUCCAUGCCAAACAUGGGGUCCAUGCCAGCAAUGCCAGGUGGAGGCAUGGGGUAUGGCGCACCCGGAACUUCUUCUCAAGGCCCACCAAUGGCAAUGCAAGGCCAGUUUAUGCCGAAUGUCUCUCGCCCGCAGAUGACCAGCGUUGCAAAUCCCCCAGUUGUAGCUGGCAACAUUCAGUAUGGCCCGUCAUACAAGCUGCAAUACCAGAAGCGCUCGACCUCUGACAAAUCCGCCGUCAAGUACACAGGUUUUCUCCCUUUGGAGGGUGUCUACGAGGAAGAUACUUGUCGCAUUGGUUGAUGGACUGAAGGAGUCUUAGUCUCACACACACACAGAAGACAGCAAAAGACUUGGAAACAAGAGCCUUCAUGCAGCAGCUCUCCAC